CUCGCAGCUGUCAACAAGUUCCGGGUGACCAGGAUGACGUCAGCCCGUUGGCCCGAGGUAAACACAGUUAGCCGCGGCUAGCGACUGUUGAAGAGCGUGUACUCACCGACUUAAAAUGGCAAAGAAAACGGAGGAUUUCAGGGAUUUGUGGAUGUGAUUACGUUAAACAAACUAUAGCCACGCUCCAUCCCUAGAUCUUGAUCUUUCUCCUCAGCCAUGUCGUCACGUGUGUUGCUGCGGCAGCAGCUGAUGCGAGAACAAGCCCAGGAGCAGGAGAGACGUGAGGCCCAGCAGCAGGCCUCUGCCUCUCAGCUCCGGGCUUCCGACUCCACUCCAGCCAUCUCUGUCACACUGCCCCCAAAUGCUGCCCGUCCACCUCCAGCACAGGUGCCUGUGGAGGUGCUGAAGGUGCAGACCCACUUGGAGAACCCCACCAAGUACCACAUCCAGCAGGCACAGAGGCAGCAGGUGAAGCAGUACCUCUCCACCACUCUAGGCAACAAGGCGGUUUCUCAGACCAUGGGUGUGUCUCCUGUGCCACAAUGCAGUUCUGCCCCUGAAGUUGCUCCUACUGCCAGCAGUGCACCUAACAGUCCCAUGGCCCUGCUUAACAUCGGAUCCAACAAGGAGGAAAUUGACGAUGUGAUCGACGACAUCAUUAGUCUUGAAUCCAGUUUUAAUGACGACAUCAUUACGUUGAUUGACUCAGGUCUUCAGUUGCCUAGCACGCUCCCAGGAAAUCUGUUGGAUGUAUACCAUAGCCCUGGAAUGGCAGCACCUACUCUCACUGUCAGCAACUCCUGCCCUGCUGAUCUUCCAAAAAUUAAAAGGGAAAUUACUGAUGCAGACGCCAAAGCACUAAUGAAAGAAAGGCAGAAGAAAGACAACCAUAACCUCAUUGAGAGGAGGCGGAGAUUCAACAUUAAUGACCGUAUAAAGGAACUUGGUACCCUGAUACCCAAGUCAAGUGAUCCUGAGAUGCGCUGGAAUAAAGGCACUAUUCUGAAAGCCUCUGUAGACUACAUCAGGAAGUUACAGAAGGAGCAACAGAGAGCCAAGGAUGUCGAGAUGCGUCAGAAAAAGCUGGAGCAAGCAAACCACAGUUUAAUGUUACGCAUCCAGGAGCUGGAAAUGCAGGCACGGCUCCACGGCCUCUCCACUGCCAACAGCAUCUCAUCUAGUCUGAGCUCCGAUACCUCCCUGCUCCAGCAGCAGCCAGUCCCACAGAGCGGCCAGUCCCUGCCUCCCAGUGCAGGAGCAGCCUCCUCCUUUAACCUCCUCAGCAUGGGUGCUACAGCCGUUGGACCUCCUCUGCCAGCCUCUUUCCUGUCACCGCCCUCCUCGGACUCUCCAGCAGGAAUCACCAUCAGCAGCCCUCUGGACAUGGGCAGCCUGAGCUUUGCCGAGCUAGACGACCCCUCCGCCUCAGCACUCUAUCCUGACGUGGGUUUGGGAGACAUUCUCAUGGACGAGGGUUGCACCUUGUCUCCAGAGAGGGUGGAGGAGCCCCUGUUUUCUCCUUUGUCACCAGGUGCCUCUAAAACCAGCAGUCGCAGGAGCAGCCUUGAAAUGGACGAGGACUUGUGAUAAGCUCUGCGUGGAGGUCACGCAGCCAGAGAGACUGUCUGUAGGGAUGAGAAUGUCAGGAAGUGCAGUCUAUCUUCAAAUAACGUGAGUCUAUUGAUAGCACUGUAGAACUGAACUUCGUAAAGCAAAAAUAGCUAACAUUAAGAUCAAAAAACUAACAUCAACUUUGCAUCAGGAGAAAGUUCUUGAUUUUCUUUGCCAUACAGACCUAAUUGUUAUUGUUCCUGUUUGGAGCUGGUCAAAUGAUUAUGUCUGGGUUUAUAAAUGCAAUCUUAUUAAAAUGGAAUAUUGUAUAAUAGGGACAUUAAGAAAUUAUUACAUUAAAUAGUUUUUAAGAUUUUCUUCAGAGAUUUAAGAGGGAUAUAAAGUUUGCUUGAAUUUAUUAUGUGCUCAUUUAUAAGAAAGAAAGCUGUGAGGUUUCUUUUUCAUGACAUUGGCAUAACAAACUGGUUGAGAGAUGCCAAGAUAUUUGUUUUGUUUUUUUCAACUGACUGGAAUCAGGGUUUGUUAAUAGCAGUCGCAUGCUCAUUCUUGUUGGGUUGUUUCACCAGCAGCUACAGAAGGGAUCUUUGUAAAGUGAAUUGGCACAUUGUUGAAAUAUUUACUUCAUAUUGUAUAUAAGAAUAUUUUAUUUUGAGCAAUUUUAUUGCACCUUAUUUUAUGGCAGUCUAUGCAUUUUAUGAAAGCUUUUGUCUUGUUUUAUUACCAUUACACACAGUCGACAGCUAACGCCCAGGAUGCAUGUAUUUGUAAUAAACCUUAAGAGCAGUGGAAAAUCACUUGCUGCUGCAGCUAGGUAGCCAAAGCAGGACUUCUUCCAGAGUAGCUACAAAUUACAAAUCAACAUUUUAUUUUUUGAAUAUAUUCACUGAGUCACUAUGAGAAAUGCAGAACAAUUUUAUCCUUUUACAAUAGUACUGUAGUUCAUCACAUAUUUUUUUGAUACCUGAAUAAUCCUUUGAUAAGUAGUUUUUCCUGACUAAUAUACGUGUUGUCAGUGAUUGUCUUCAUUAACCUUGGUGAUCACUGAGUGAUUUUACGGUUAGCAUGUUCCACCAAGAUUGUGGCUUUUUUGUUUUUCCUGACGAUCAAAAUUGAUUAGAACUAACAAUACAUUAUUGCUCAUUGUAGAAUGAAUUCAGAAGGCUUUGACCUUCUUUUACAGCAACCACUAUCCUCAUGUUUGUAAUAAUAAGGUAUAACUGUUUGCAGUGUGAAAUCUGCAACACAUUUAUUAUUCUAUGAAAUAGCCACAAACUUUAGAAAGGCAUUUAAUUUGUCAGAUGCUUGAUGCAACCUUAUGUACAGUUAAUGAAUGUGUGUUUGAAAAAGUACCUGCAUAUUUGUGUGUUGUUUUUUUUUUUUACACUGACGUACUGUAUUUGAGAAUUGCUUUUUGGUUUCCUUCAACAUGUCUUUUCAAAGUUAGUGAUAUGCUUGAAUUUUAAACUAUAUUUGAGCCGUGGUAACACAAAAACAAAUCAAUUGAUGCAGCCAAAAAACAUCUUUUUUUUUAAAAUUUUUUUUUUAGUUCACAGUCUUGAGUGACACUGAUUAGUGUUUACCUUUCAGUGAGGGAAAAGUCGCUGAUUUAAGGUGUCUCUCCUGUUUUUGAGCUAAAAGCAGCUCCACUCCAUAGCUCAGUGCUGCAAAUUGUGUUGUUCUUAGUCCCAUAAGAUUAAUUACCAGUGGUCAGCUUUUUCUGCUCAUACUCAACUGCUCUCCACGAUAUUAACCAUGUCUUACCCCUACAUAUAUUUGAGUGCUAACAUGGACUGUUAAUCCUCUACGUGCUACAGGUAACAUUUGUGUCUUGUCCUUACAAGUUGGCUUUCAGAAGAUUGUAAUAAAUAAAUGAUUCCCACAGGUUCA